UUUUGUGUGUUAAUUAUUAGCAUCUUUAGUAAAAGCUUCUGUAAACAACGACCGCGUCCCGACACAUAAGGUGUUGAACAUGAGCACCGGAACUCCUUAUAUAGGCAGUAAAAUCAGCCUCAUCUCCAAAGCCCAGAUCCGCUAUGAGGGGAUUUUAUACACUAUUGAUACCGACAACUCCACUGUGGCUUUGGCUAAAGUGAGGUCCUUUGGUACUGAGGGACGACCUACAGACCGACCCGUACCGCCACGAGAUGAGGUAUUUGAUUACAUCAUCUUCAGAGGAAGUGACAUCAAAGACAUUACGGUUUGUGAGCCACUGAAGCUGCACCCUGGUCUGCCUCAGGAUCCUGCAAUUGUUCAGUCAUCUGUAGGUAGUUCGUCUUUACCGUAUGGCCAUCAGGGUGGUUACAGUCCCUACAGGAGCAUGAUGCCACCUUAUAACCCCCUUGCUGCUAGUUCACUGCUCAAUCAGCAAUAUGCUGCUGCACUCAGCUUGGGAGCCGGACUGCAUGGCCCUCUAAGAAGAGGUCCCAUGGUGGAGCAGGCUGUCCAGACGGUGCCUGCUGAAAUACCAGCUCCGAAAAAAGGCUUGGUAUCCCAGCAGCAGGGCCGUGAGGGUGGCAGGGUGCAGCGAGGCAGAGGAAGUCCUCAAACACAGAGGAGCGCCAUGUCUGCGAAUGCUCAGCAAGGAGAAGGGCAAAAUCAAGCUAAUGAUGAAAACCGACCACCACAGAGGAGGAGACAAGGAAAUCGCCGAUCCCGGAAUCGCAACCGAGGUCAGAUUAUUGUAGCCAACACAAAGCCCACCACACUUCAGUUUGAGUCAGACUUCGAUUUUGAAACGGCUAACGCGCAGUUCAACAAGGACGAGCUGAUCAAGGAAGCUGAAGACAACCCUGAAGUCAAAGAUAAAGAGGAGAAAGAGAAGUCCGACUCUGGAGUGGAGACUCAGAACAGCGAGGGAGCUGCAGAUGAGGAUCCCUUUGGCCCAAAGUGCUUCUACAACAAGGCCAAAUGCUUCUUUGACAACAUCUCUUCAGAACUUAAAUCAAGGCGUACGACAUGGGCGGAGGAGCGCAAACUGAACGUGGAGACGUUCGGAGUUCCCGGUCGCUUCCUGAGAGGCCGUGGGUUUCGUGGUGGGUUCAGAGGGAGGAGAGGAAGAGGGAUGAAUCAGCAGAUCUCUGCUCAACCAGCUGUUGGAAGCAGUAGAGUGUGACGGAUCUUGACGAAUUCUUCAGGUAGCCACCAAGUGGUUUUGUAAAUAAGAAAUGUUCUCCUCUCUUUUUUCCCUUUCUAAGUUUGUAAUUUCAGUUGUAGUCUCGCACUUAAACUG